AUGUCUUAUUUUCGGAAAAACACGGCAAGUUUGGAGGCUCGAUGCGGCCAGCCGCUGCUCCCCACCGACGUGCUGAGCGGCGACGAGGCCGGAAAAUGGCCAGCACAAAAUGGGGUGGGCCUAAAGCCCCAUCCAGAGUUCGCCGCGGCUGCAGAAAGCGCCGGCACUAGUGCUCCUUGUAGUUGCGGCAAGGCUGAACUAGGUCUUAUUUCAGGGAAGGGCUUUUAUUAA